UCUUAGUAGAGAGUUUAAUUAAUAAACAUGUUGCUAUUACGUAUUGUCUUUAUAUUAUUUGGAUUUUUGGUUGCUUUAAUCAAUGCCGUUCCUAUAGUUAAACGCGAUUUGGAUCCUGAACUAAUGGCGGGUCAAUUUGAAGGCGAUAUGCUUUUAACAGAAGAACAAUUGCGAUCUAUUACAAAUCCUUUUUCAAAGAUACAAGGCCGUAAUGGUUUAGUCGAUGAAUCGAAAAGAUGGCCCAAUAAUAUUGUUUAUUAUAAAAUUGUGGGCAAUUUUGAUGCUACUCACCGUCAAGCAAUCUUGGAAGGUAUUGCAACUCUAGAGGCACGCACUUGCAUACGUUUCCACGAAGCCGAUGAUUCUCAGCCCCAUUACUUGGCCAUAACAUCUGAUCCAGGUGGCUGUUAUACAGCCGUUGGCUAUCUAGCUAAAGUGCAGCAAAUGAACUUGGAAGUUUAUCCUCUCAAUGAGGGAUGCUUCCGCACCGGUACCAUACUUCAUGAAUUUAUGCAUGCUCUGGGUUUCUAUCAUCAACAAAGUGAUGCUCAACGUGAUGAUUAUAUAGAAAUUCUAUAUGACAACAUAAUACCGGGCAAAGAGUUUAAUUUUGAGAAAUAUAAUAAAGCAUUUGUUACGGAUUUUGACAUGGGCUAUGACUAUGAAAGCUGUCUGCAUUAUCGUUCUACGGCCUUUUCGAUUAAUGGCAAAGAAACGAUAAGAACUUUGGAUUCUAAGGCGGAGAUUGGCCAAAGAAUUGGUUUGAGUGAUAAAGAUAUUUCAAAGAUCAAUAUAAUGUAUAAGUGUCCCAUAAUGAUUUGAUAGCUAUAUUUAAAGUAUAACUAUUUAAAUGUUAAGGGUGUUAAACUAUUAAUUGCUGGUAGCCCGGUUAAUGAUUAAUGAGCAAUGAUGACACAUACAAGAUUCUGCUUGACUUAUUAUGACGCCUUAUUUUAUCUUAGUAAUACAAAUUCAAGUGUCUUGAUUAUUUAUUUAAGUAUUUGCGUAGUUUUAAAAAUAGUAAUUUACUUAAUUGUGAUAUUUUAUUGUACGGUGUCUUUACUUUGAAGUAGAGUAUAACAUACAUUAUUAUUAUUAUUAAUUAUUAUUUUAGUAUUUUAUUAUUACCAGCUGACAUUAAAACAAUGAUAAAUUAUUUAUUAUGAUAUAAUUCAGUUAAUUAUUGUCUUGUUUUUGGCUUGCUAUGCAUUAUUAAUCUAAUGAAAAGUGUGGUGUCAUUUAAAAAUAUUAUUUUGUAGACUUUGCAAUAAAUAAAUAAUUAAAAUUAA